AUGGAGCCUGAUGACAUUUCCCUCUAUGCCACCACCAAAGCUCUCGACCCGCUUGACAAUUUCACAUCCUUAUGCAAAGCAGCAUGGAUGACCCAUUCAGAUGGUAUCUUCUUCAACUCCAAUCCUCUGCAUUACUCAUUUCCUCUAUUACUGCUUCAAAUAUUUCUUGCCUCUGGAGUCAUACUACUCAUGAAUUUACUCCUCAAGCCUUUCAACCAACCCACCGUGGUCUCACAAAUCCUAGGUGGUAUAGUCCUAGGUCCAUCGUUUCUAAGCCGAAUUACGUGGUUUGCAAGAAACAUAUUUCCUCUCAGAGGCUUCAUAGUGAUUGAUAUGAUAACUUCUUUUGGAUUCAUGUUCUUAUUUUUCCUCGUCGGACUGCAAAUGGAUCCAUGGAUGCUAAAGAAAUUUAACAGGAAGUCUUGUGCUCUUGGAUUUUUUUCAGUGGCACUACCAAUGCUCCUAACCUACACCUUUUCAUCUGUCUUGAUAAAUUUCACAAAUUUAGAGCCAAAGACAAACUACUCACUCCCAAUAGUAUCACAAGCAGAAUCUAUUAUUGCCUUCCCAGUGAUUGCUCAUUUCCUCACUGAGCUCAAGAUUAUAAAUUCUGAGUUUGGUAGAAUUGCAUUAGCUUCCUCUAUGACUAGUAGCAUUUUCAGUUUUUGUGUGAUAACCUACACUGUUCUGUCGCAUCAUACAACUGGUGACAAUUACAAAAUGAUAACAACAAUUUCUACCGGUAUUGCUGUUGUAGUUAUCACUGUUUUUUUUAUUCGCCCUACAAUUUUAUGGAUGAUAUGUCGAAAUCCACUGGGGGAGCCAUUGAAAGAAAGCUACAUCGUUGCCCUGCUUUUAGCGAUCUUAGUGAGUGGGUUUUGUUGUCAGGCUAUUGGUUUAAAUGCUUACUUUGGCCCUUUUGUUCUUGGGAUUGUUACUCCAUCAGGGCCACCAGUAGGGACAACAAUGGCUGAGAAGCUUGAUCACCUCACCUGCUGGGUGUUUAUGCCACUCUACUUUGUCAAAAAUGGCUUGCUUCUUAAUAUUUUUUCCGUCAACUUCAAAAAAUAUUUGACAGUGCAAUUCAUCGCACUCAUCGGAGCCCUAGGCAAGUUUCUGGGAGCCUUUCUGACUUCUUUUUACUGCCACAUGCCAAAAAAGGACGCUAUGGCACUGGGACUUGUCAUGAAUGCCCAAGGUAUACUUGAGCUCGUCAUAUUUAAAAUGAUCAAGAGCAGUAAGGCAAUAGACUAUGAGUCUUAUGUGGUAAUGUGCAUAUACAUGGUGGUUGUAAUGGGGGUCAUCACACCUUUGAUCAAGUUCCUUUAUGAUCCUUCAAAAAGGUACCAGGUCUAUAGCAGAAGAACUGUGAUGCACUCUAGACCAAACUCUGAACUCCGGGUUCUAGCCUGCGUACAUGACCAAGAAAAUGUUCCAACCAUAAUCAACCUCCUUGAGGCCUUGAAUCCAAGCAAAAGAAGCCCUCUCUCCAUCUACUUACUCCACCUCCUUGAGCUUGUCGGCCAUUCAAACUCCACUGUCAUCCCCCACAAGCUGACCAAAAGACCCUCUUCCAAAGCCGAUCCCUCAAGAUACAUUGUCAAUGCCUUCAGAUACUAUGAGAAGAACAGCCAUGGAUUUGUCACGGUUUUCCCCUUUACAGCAAUUUCUUAUUAUAAAACCAUGCAUGACGAUGUGUGCUCAAUUGCACUUAACAAAAGGACUUCCCUUAUUAUAGUUCCUUUCUAUAAGAACAAUGGUGCAAUGGCGAACAAAAAGGCCAUUAGGAUCAUGAACCGUAAUGUCCUUGAUAAGGCACCUUGCUCAGUUGCAGUCCUUGUUGACCGUGGUGUCCAGAUAACCUCAAGGCCUCUAUUAGCAACCUGGUUUUCAUAUCGUGUUGCUGUUCUCUUCUUUGGUGGAGCUGAUGAUCGAGAGGCACUAGCUAUAGGGGCACGGAUGGCUGGACAUCCAAGCAUCAACUUGGUAGUGAUUCGAUUCCUUGCUAAUGGAAGUGUUGUCGGUGACAAUGAGGAGGAGAAGAGGUACGACAGCGAGGUGAUGAAUGAGUUUAAACACCGUAUGGCAGAAAACUAUCAGGUCAUGUACGUUGAGGAGGUGGUGACAGAUGGGACAGGGACCAUUUCUGUGAUUCGAUCCAUGGAGAACAAAUAUGAACUUAUACUGGUGGGAAGACAACAUGAUCGUCGAUCGCGUCUCCUAUUGGGACUUGAGGAUUUUGCUGAACCCUCAGAGUUGGGAACAAUUGGUGAGGUAUUGGCUUCAGCAGAAUUUUUGGGCAACACCGCAAUCUUGGUGGCACAACAACAAAACGCAGUACAUGAUGGCAAUGACUAUAACAUGGGAUUUUUUAGAGACAAAUAUUUAGUAGAGGCUGAUGCAGAAGAUAUGCCGAUUCGUAGAAUAAAUGUGUAGCGUUCAUCUAUAAAUUUGUA